CAACAACAGCAGACGGAACAACAACCAACGAUGGAAGACUCCAAAUCCAAAGAAGAAGAAAAGGAAUUUAUUUGUUCAAACUGCAACUUCAAGGCGAAAUAUAAUUACCACGGCACCAAACCUCCGUUUCUGAAAUCUCUGAUAUUGUUGGAAGAGGCGUAUGUGAUGAAGGAUCCAUUCAGCACAGAGGGAGGUCUAGUCACCUUAGGAGCUCAGUGUUCUCUGUGUAACAAGCCAGUCUGCAUUGCCACUGAUUGCAGUUUAUUCUUCACAAAGAGGUUCUGUUUGGGUUGUGUGACUGACCAUCUAGAUGAAUUUCCCAAAGAAAUAAGACAGGAAAUAAGUCGACGUGACAAGGAGAAAAAACAAUCCUGACAUGGUGGAUUUGGAAGCUGUCUUGAAUAUGCGUGCUCAUGGUGCCGUGCCGGACAAAGACGACCAUCACAGGUGGGGGAUCUAUCUUUACGACGCAAACAUUGACAGGGACCGACACUGGUGGGCAUCACACCAGGAGUCCAAAUCCCGCAGGGAGGGGGUCAAUGGUCUCAAUUCGACUCUUUAUAACGCUUCAGUGUGUGUCCCCAUAGGUCACAUGUGACAUUGUCUGCCACAUAUCUACAGCAACAACUUAUGCACUUCACCGAAGUGGCUAAUGUAGAAACAUGACUACAGGCUUGUUCUCCCAACUCCUCAAACAAACAGCUGUGUUAAGUGCCUGUUUUAAAUGCUGUUAAGUAACAUAUAGGCUUAUCAUUGCGAGACAAUCAAACGUAACCUUACGUUUGAUCACCAAAGUCACCUGACCUAUGGGUUAAUGCUAAAGACUGUGAAUCACCUCUCUAUUGGGGUGGUAGCGCGACAAAAUACUUGUUUCAUGAUCCAUUACACACAAGCUUCGGGACAGACCCGAAAAGAAAAGAAGACGUUAGAUUGUAUUUUGAUAGUUUGUCUGCUCACUUGGUAUCUCUGAGGUAUCAGUGUCGACUAAUUGGGUAAGAAUUUCUCGAAUUCGUACUUAAUUAUAUGUGCCUAUGACGGGCCAACACAACCAAGUGAGGAAAUGUCCUUUACAAAGAAUGGCACGUCUUGAAACAUCACCUGGUUUGUCAAAGUUCAGAAGUGGUGAUAUUGUGCACAUGUUUUUGACGUGCAUAACAGCAAUAAUUCAGCCACCCGCUCACGGCAUCUGACCCCUGUUUACAACAGGGAUUCCCGAAAUUGCUCUCCCAGUUUAGCCUUACAUCCAUCACAGGUGUGUAUUGGCCUCGACCAAUCGAGUGCCCAUACCGUAAAUGUACCAGUACAAGCUCCUCCAGGCUAGACAGUAGCAGAGCCAUGUGACAGUUGGAACUAGUUAUAAAGCACCAAAUGAGAGAGCUUCUCUGCCAUGAAAAUUACUGUUCCAUACUGAGAUAAAAUGAAGUCAUGAAAUAUAUUUUGUUGGCAUUUCAUUAUCUUGUGUUUUUUACAAGAAGAUAUAUUUUUUGUGUAAUCUUAAGUGAUUUAUUGUGUCCUUAGUAUCAGUCUUUAAUGUACCAUUUGUGUGAAAUUUGUAGAUUUAUAUGAUCUGUGUUGUAAGGCAAUCUGUGUAAGGUGCAGACCCAUAAGAUCAAAAAUGAUCAAAUAUGUGUUUGACAGUAACUAAAAAAGUCAGAGAUCCUUGUCGUGUUUAAAGUGUUUUUUUAAGGGGUGGGGUCAUCUCCAGAUUCAAAUACUAUAUCACAAACCUCUUAAACCCUUGCCUCCAUCCAAAUGCUGUUUGAUUCUCAAAUUUUGAAAGGGGUUCUGAGUAAUGGAGGCAUGUUUGAGCCAUUAGAAUUGUUGCUAGAGAAUAACAUGGUGUCUAAAUUAGAAUACAGCCCCAGCAACCUGUGAAGCUCAGAAUAUUAAUCACUAAUUUGUUUGGUAAAUAUUUGAUUAUCUAUAGGCUGACAAAUCACUGCAAAGAUGCAGGCAACAUUAAACAAACUGAAGUAAAGGAUAUUUGAAUUAUUAAAAUAAUAAAAUUUGGCAUCAAGUUUUGAUCCUGGUUUCAAAUAGUCGAACACUGUAGUGUCGAGGUUGAAAAGGCCUAAGUAAAGUUAUCCAAGUUUAGACACUACCCAAUGCAGGACCAAGCCUUUUCUUCAAGACAACUGUAUGCUCAACACUUAAAAGUUCACCACAACAGUGUUUGACUGUACCACUAUUUGUGCUUUUAAAAAUAUAUUUCACUGCCUGUAGUUGGAACAUAUAUUAGAGACAGUACAGUAAGAACAACCCAGCCAAGCAUAAAAGCCAGACAUACUGGUCAUAUAUAUGAAAGCGAUCAGCCAACUGGUUACUCUCUGCCUGUGUGCCUAUUGUACUCUGUUCUUAACUGGCAUUUAAACUGCCCCAUAGCAUUACAGGUGAAACUUAACCCUUUAUUCAUACCCUGGGGCUGAUUGGAGAUGCCGCUUUGAAAUGUAGCAUAGAAGCAAUUUGUCAAUUGGUAAAGAUUCAGAGCAUUCAAAUAAAAUAUGAUAUAUUAAAGUACCAUUAAGUCAAGUAAGGCUCAGUGGGAUGGAAAUAUGCUGGUUGAUCUGACUUAAUGUCACCAACACAUCAAAUCAACUUGGGUAUUUCACAUUUAAACUAGUGUUAUUGCUCAAUUAAGACAUUUUCUUGCAUUCUUCAGGAAACUCCCAUGAGAAUUGAGGCUUUGAGGCUGCCCACUUGGUGUGGUGUCAUGAAAAAUAAAAUGAACAUUGAACAUUGCCAAUUAAUUUUUGAAUUUGUUUUACAGUAAUUCCUUGCUAAAAAUUGGGUUGUAGAUAUAUAUAUUGUUUGUUUACUUAGGGACUGGUAAUUUUGUAUAGGGAUUUUCCAUAUUAUUUUCUUGGAAAAUGAAAGAAAUGUCAUUAAAAUAUUAAUUAAUAAAACAACAUUCCUUAUUCA